AUGACUAAUAGAGACAUUAUGUUUAUGUUGACGGGGAAGACCCGCCAGCUGGACACGAGCGAGUCUGAGAAGAACCCUGCAAGCAGUCCGUCCCAUACCGGGUGGAAGAGCCACGGAUCACACUGUUUGAGCUUCCAGCACGAUCUCAAAUUAUCCGCACCUGUGAAAGUGGCCGCGUUCGAUAUGGACCACACUAUCAUCAAAAGUCAGUCGGGCAUGAAGUUCUCGCGCGGGGUGCAUGAUUGGAUGUUCACGUGCAACGUUGUGGCCGAGUUCACCAGACUACAACAGGAAAACUACGUCAUUGUCAUAUUCACCAACCAGGCCUCAACCAACAACUCGGCGGACUCCAAGAGUCUGCAGUUGCUCAAAACCAAGAUGGAGGAUAUAUUCACUCAUUUCACCGGGCCGGUGCUGUUCUAUGCCAGUACAAAGGCCCCGAAAAAGGAAGAGACCCCAAUAAAACUGACUAUGCAAGAACAAUUCAGGAAACCAAACCCUGGCAUGUUCAACCAGUUCCUACAGGACUACGGGCUGGACGAGGAGUCGGUCGAUCGCGAAAACAGCUUUUUCGUCGGUGACGCUGCAGGAAGACCGAUGGACUUCAGCGACGCUGACAUCAAGUUUGCACAAAAUGUGCACCUAAAGUUCUACACUCCAGAGGAAUAUUUCCCAAGCAUGAAGCACGUAACCAACGGGACUGGUUGA